CACAACGGUGUUCUGCUCACGGCGUGUGGAAACGUGCAGCUGCGCGUCGGAGACUCGAGCGUGAGCGUGCUGGAAUCGCUGUUCAUGGUCGUCGAACCGGUGCGCGUGCUGGACGUGUCGCUGGUGCUGGCGCCGCCGGGACGGCUGGCGGUGGGGGUGCACGCGUUUCCGUUUUCGUUCACGCUGGGGAGCUUUCCGCCGACGACGCCGAUGUACGAGACGUUUCACGGGCAGAACACGCAGAUAGUGUACGCGAUCGAUGCGGAGGUGGUGCGGCCGAUCCUGCGUGGGGGGUCGCUGUCGACGGGGAUGUGCGAAUUUUUAGUGGAGACGAAGCCGGACGAGGACGACGUCGCCGACGCGGCGGCGAGCGAGACGAUGGCGUUCGAGAUCACGGAGGAGCGGCAAGAUUUGGGACCGGCGCCUGGAUUGUUAGCGAGCGAAGGGUUCUUGAUUCGCGGAUCGUUCGAUAAGACGAGUUGGUUUUUAGAGGAGGCGAUCACGGGGCGGCUCGUCGUCGAACGCUCGGCGGCGCCGCUCAGGGCGAUCGAAAUCGAGCUGUGUCGCAUCGAGGGUUGCAGCACGAGCGAGGGUCAGGUGGUGAGUGAGACAUCGCCCGUGCAGUUCACGCAAAUCGUCGACGGCGACUGUCCGCGCGGGGUGGAGAUUCCGAUACACGUCGUCAUCCCGCGCCUGUUCGCGUGUCCGAGCGUGCAGGCGCCGACGUUUAGCGUCGCCUUCAUGCUGCGCGUUCUGUGCGUGUUCGAG